AUGAUGUCUCAGCAACAAGAACAACAGCAGCACCAGCAAUUGAUAAAGUUGCCGUAUGGCAACAAACGAUCCGUGGAUUUAUUGAAUAAUCUGGACAGACGUAAAUUCAUUCAGUUGUCUCAUCGAAUAUUCGACGCCAUGCCAAUUGAUGAAACACAUUCGCUGUUCACUGAAGAUGAACGAAAAAAACUGAUAUCAGCAUUUGGCUUGGAAACCUCCACCGAUCUGAACCAAUUGAUAUCCACUUGUGUUGAGCUAUGGCGACAGAUUGCCUAUCAUCAGCCGAAACCCGAAACGUUGAAGGCGAAUCUUCAUGAGUUGGGUUUUGUGAAUGAUCUCACUGAUGUGUUCGUUCAAGUUUGGACGGAUCGAGGUGGAGCCGUUUCAGAUCGUCUUCGUGGAAUCUCGUUUUCUGGUAGACCGCAGCUUAUCGAUGUGAAUUGGACUCUACGAAUGGAUGUUGCAAGUCGAGACUCACCAAAAAUGCGUGAACCAAAGGUGGUUCUCGAGUUGCUCACAGACCAAGGUCCUAAGCUAGCUGAGAUGUCGCCAAACGAGUUGGCCGAAUUGUUCAAAACACUCCAACAAGUACAAGAAAGCAUCGAUAAUCUCAUGCAAUAA